AUGGGCCAUGUGGCAAGAGGUGUUUUGUGGUGACCACUGUCGCUCUCUUUCUAUUCCUGACAUUUGUGGCUCUGCCAGCAGGGGCGUUUCUUAUCAUUCAUGGGAAACACCAGAACAGUCUGGCAUUUCAGCUAGGGGGAGCAGCAGUGGUCUGUGUCCCCAUCCUUGUGGGCAUCAUCCUCAGUAUUGUCUUCUGCGUUCGACGCCACAGACGGAAAGCCACAUUCACUAGUGUCAGCACUGCCCGGGUGUAA